AAUUUAUGGCACAAGUCGAAUACGAAUCCCGUACCCGUCAGACAAAACAAAUACAGUGCAGAAAGAACAAUCUUAGCUACUCUUCUUAUAAAGCACAGGUUUUAACACAUCAUCUGUUGAUCUGUACUUGAACGCGCACAUCUUCUUUUCUUGUUCAUCCCCUUUUCUUUCUUUCGUUCAUGUCUUGCCUGAAUCUGAGGCUUCCGCCAGCCAAGAAGGUAUGGAAGAGCUUCACAUCCAAAUUCCAAAGAAAACUCCACAAACUCAAUAUGUCCAAAUCUAUCAAGAAAUCAAAAUAUCAAACAAACAAUAUUAUUAACAACGCGUUUGAUCAUAAACGUGAUGAAACCAGAAAGAGGCCUGCAUACCAACGUCGUGCACUUCCUUUCAAACAACGUAGCAGCCGGUUUGGCCAUGCACACAAAAAAUUAGCACCUGUAUAUAUUGAUAAGCUCUUUCGAGAGCCUGUAAGUGCUAGUGAGUUGGUGGCAAAGUUUCCGCCAACUACAAAGAAUAUGAAGAUUCUUGAUCAUCAGGCUGCGACAACAGCAGAGCCAGGAGGAACGAGCAUGGGAUUAGAUGAGAUCAUGAGAGGGGAAAGAGGCUGCACGGCGGAUGAUAUGUGGGAGUCAUUGGGAUUUGCAUCUCCCCAGAUGCAAGGAAUAGAUGAAAGGGCUGAGCAGUUCAUUGUGUCAUUCAGGGAAGAGAUGGAGAUUCAGGAAACGAUUGAAAGAGGUUUAUAGCCUUGUUAGUUCAUAUAAUUAAGGAACCUUCUCAAUAAGAUUUGCUUUCUUUUGCUUGCAGUUGCUAGAAAUAUUGAUUAAAAGAUCUGGUACGUAGACAUAUAUAUACUGAUCAGGGGUUGUGGCUUGGUUAUAUAAGAUUAUGUACAUGUGAAGUAUUGCUUAUGAUGAGGUUGUAGACAUAUGUAUACAUCAAAGUUUUUUCAAGGUAGAUGACUGGGCUGGAACGUUGAAGAUAAGUUGUUGGGUCUGAAGCUCACAAACUUCUGGGAAAAACAAAAAAAAAACUCCUCAUGGAGGCUCUCCAAUGCUUGAGUUAAUAAAGCAAUAAUGGAUGAGAAAUCUCAAGAGGUUAUGUUAUGUAUCUAUGUUCGCUUUAUAUGUACUGUGUGUAGAUGAAGAUGGCCAAUGUGUUGAAGAUCUAUAAUGAAAUUAAACUUCUUCUCUA